ACGCAUUUAAAGAAUUCGGAAUGGAUCUAGAAAUGGAAUUCAAAAGGGAUAUUGAGGCUAUACAGUAUCUGGGAAAUAAGGUUUAUAGAAAUAAUAAGCAAAAACACCCUGAAAUUCACCGCCAAUAUCAACUCUGGCACGAUCAGCAUCAGAAAGCUAGCCAAACCUAUAACACUGCUUUGCAACCAGACCUUUACCGUCUGUUUGCCAAUGAAUACAUCGAGGAUGUCAUUAAUUUAGCUAGAUUUUAUCAUGUAAAGCCCCCUAAAAUGGCUUUAAUCACAGACCAAAAAUUCUCAAAGAACAAUAAAUGGUUUUUACAGGUCCAGCAGGAAUUAACAAAUCUACGCGUUAAUCUUAUUACUCUUGAUCCUAUAAAAGACAACCUCCAGAAACAUGUUCCGGAGACUGGUCGCUUCAUAGAAAAAGUGCAACAAAGUCCUGUUGGAGG